UAGAUAUAUCCGGAUCUCAACGAACAUCCAAAACAUCCUACAUCGAGAUCCUACUUCAGACUGCACUUAGACUUCCUAACCAUCAAGGAUACCAUAUACCAGGCGCCUACACCGCUUGUACCCAGGAAACAGCAUAACCUGCCAACCGGUACCCAUAUGUCCCAGAUUUCCAUCCCCACAUACACAGCGACACCCGUUCAGUACCUCGUACGGCGGGCGUCGGAUGCUACGUGUAUAUCGUGUCCCUCGGAGGCGCCGACGUGCCCUCUGUGCUCCUCUGGCGAGUCGUGUGUCCAAAUCCCCCGGUCGUGUCUAGAGUGCGCGCUGCUGGUGUGCAAAUCUACCGCGUCCGAUCCCACGCUGCACAUGACCAACGUCGGCGCAAUCGUCGGGGGUGUGGUGGGCAGCUUGGCGGUGAUUGCGCUCCUCGCGUUCAUCUACUGGCGCUUCUUCUACAAGGUGAAGCGCAUUGAGAUCGAGGCCGAAGCCGAGGCCGACAAAGAGUUCUACGAUAACAUCCCCCCUGACGCGCACGAAGACGCUUCCACCGUGCAACCCAUGCCACGCCGCAACGGCCCCACUCGCGUCACUGGCCCCAACCUCGGGCGCCGCCUCUCACAGCAAACCACCACCUCCACCAUCAACACCCAGGCUUCCAACAUCAUUCCGAUUGCGUACAUUCCGGGUGUCACCAUCCGACAGAACGCCAAGCCAAAGCUGGUCUACUCCACGAUGGAUGGAGAGUCCAUGUUUUCCGACUGGAACACGCUCGAGGACGCCUCCAUUGUGGAACGCAAGGGCUCCACGUCGAGCAAAAAAAAGUUGCCCACAACCACUGCGAUCAAGGCGCAGCCACGUGUUGUGGACGUGCGCGAAAAACCCACACACGAACUGCCCGUGCGCGGCGCGUCCACCAAUACUAACAACGCCGCGUCGCGCUUGCAAAACGAGUUGAUCAUGGAGGAUGAUGAGGACAACGAGAGCUUGUCGCACAUCCAACAGCACGGCGACGACCCCUUUGUGCUCCACGAGGGCCCGGAAGAAUCUGAUGAUGACGACUCGGACGAUUCAGACCGCGAGGCGAUCGAGGCCGCCACUUCCGCUCACCACAGCCGCCCGCAGUCCAAGCCGUCGCAUGCGCCGUCAGCGCCGCCUUUUGCAGCUGCGGGUCCACCGCUGCGCAUGCUGAGCUUGUCGCGCGCAGAUGAGGUUUCGAUCGCAGACUCCGGCAGUUUUGUCAUGGAGUUUGGUGUGGAUAUCGACGAGCCGCGCAGCUUGGAUCCCAAAACCGAAAGGCUCAGUCCUUUUCACGACGACAGCCGUGAAUAGGGCGUGAAUCUAGGAGUUUGGUGGAUUACUACAAAUGCUAAGUACAUGAAGGGGUUUUUUAGGAAACAUGUUGAAAACGUAUGCUGAUCACAUGGUUGAAAACGGCUUUUUUGGUUCGAAACCUGAGUUUAAUAACCGGGAUACUAAGCUAAG